AUGCUAUUGGUGGUGGGGAAGAAGACACCGAGGCGAGAGAGCGAUGAGGGUGUUUAUCAGUGCUUGGUGUCGAAUCAAGAGGGGACCUUGGCCUCUCACCCCACCAAACUCAUCUUGGCAGACAGAACUUAUAUUCUUCCUGAUAAGAUGUUGAAAAGGAUCAAGCUACCCCACCUUAUGAGUUCUAUCUCUUACGAGAUGAUGUUUCUGUUCCUUCUCCCCUGCUCGCUCAGCCACAUCUUUGAAUUGAAGGAAGAUGCUGGAUCAUAA